AUGUUUGCAUUAUCAGAAACGUGGUUGAAUGACAGUAUAAGCGAUGAUACAGUAUAUAUUCAAGGUUAUGAUCUUGUUAGGUUUGACAGAAGUACCAGGGGUGGAGGAGUAGGUUUGUAUAUAGAUAGUAUAGAGCAAAUAGUAGAAGAAGCUACUCAUAUUACUAAUACAUCGGCGACAUUAAUAGAUGUUAUUCUUUGCAACGAUCCUUUAAUGAUCGAAUCUAAGCACGUUGACGGAUUAGAUUUAACAGAUCAUGAACUGAUUUCGUGUAAGGUAUUUGGAAGUAGUAGCAAGGCCAUGUCUGAACAGAAAAAAAGAAAAGUAGAGACCAGUAAUGAUCCCAAUGUAUGGCUGAAGUGGUACCAUGAACUACGUGAUGAAAGUGAUCUGAGUGAAAGCUCUAAGGAUGAAGAUGAAAGUGACAAAAAGGAAGAAAAUAUACUGACAGAGAGUGAGCAUAAUACAGAAUCGGAACAAGAGGUUGCGGAAAGUGAAGAAGUUGAAAGUGACGAAGACGUGUCUUUAGAUUCUUCUAGUUUCUACAUUGGGAAGGACAAAAUAACGAAAUGGAGAAUAGCGAAUCCUCCAAGAAAUGUGAAAACAAGGUCCCAUAACAUUACUAUUCAUUUACCAGGACCCAAAGGUAAAGCACGAGAAGUGAAAACAGAAGUAGCAGCUUUAGAACUCUUUUUAGACGACAAUAUUCUCAAAACAAUUACAGCGUGCACUAAUAUUUAUAUAGAGAAAACACGUCAAGAAUUUACAAGGGACAGAGAUGCAAGGAGUACUGAUGAGAUAGAAAUAAGGGCAUUUAUUGGAUUGUUGUUCCUUAUAGGCACCAUGAGAUGUUCUCGUAAAAAUAUUCAUUUACUAUGGGAUAACUCCAAGGGAAAUGGCAUUGAAUCAUGUUAUCUUACUAUGAGUGAACAAAGGUUCCGUUUCCUUUUGAGAUGUUUGAGAUUUGACAAUAUCAAUGACCGUAACAUGCGUAAAGAACUUGAUAAAAUGGCAGCAAUUAGGGAAGUGUUUGAACUAUUCACCAAUAAUUGUGAGAAAUAUUUCUCACCGAGUGAAUAUCUAACUAUAGACGAGCAAUUGCUUGCAUUUAGAGGUCGUGCAGCUUUCCGCCAGUACAUCCCCAAUAAGCCAAUUAAAGAAAUAAAAAUGGCGCCUAUGCACAAAUGGAGUGAAAAUGAAACGUUAAAAUUUGUGAGUUUAUAUAAAGAAUGUGAAAUACUGUGGAAUGUUCACGAUGCAAAUUAUAAAAACAGAGAAAAGCGAAACAAAGCAUUUGAAUACAUACAGCAGGAAAUGAACAUGAAAAAACUUGACCCUGGAUAUGAUAAAGAAGAAAAUAAAAGCGAUCAGAGAUACGUAUCAGUUGGAGAAAAAUAA